AUGGCGACCGACGCCUGCACGAAACCCGCGCGUCUCAACAGCGCUUCAGUUCCUGCGCCGUUAGGUCCAGAGAGAGUAGGGCAUUCCGGAGCAGCAGAGGCAGAAGAGAGGGAGAGCGCAGCGGGUGGAUUAGGGCUGUCGCGCGCGGUCGAGACGGCGCGGUCUGCGAUUGGGCGCGCGGUGGAGCUGGAGCUAUUAAACGACCUGCGGAUUAAAGGCGUGCUCUCAGACUGCGAUCACAAGCUCAAUUGCACUGUCACUGCAGCUUCCACUGAAACGGCAAUGCUGUAUGAUGGGCCAUGCAUGGGAUGGUGGGCCAUGCAUGGGAUGGUGGGCCAUGCAUGGGAUGGUGGGCCAUGCAUGGGAUGGUGGGCCAUGCAUGGGAUGGUGGGCCAUGCAUGGGAUGGUGGGCCAUGCAUGGGAUGA